UUCACCAUCCUUAUGACACACUUGCAGUUCUCUGACCAUCUGGCUGCCCAUAUGAUUCCAGAAUGGAAAAAGCAGUAUAUCUCUUAUGAGUAUAACCCAAUGCUAUAUCCAAUAUCCACAGAGUCUAAUGGUUCUCAAAAGCACCAAAAAUCUCUCCACGAGGAGUUCUUCAAAGCUUGUGAUAAAGAACUGAGAAAGGUGAACUGCUUCUACUCAGAGAAGUUGUCCGAAGCCCAGAAGAAGUUAGCUUCAUUUGGAAUAAUAGCUCCGGGCGUUUCGGAGGCUGAAGUGGACGAAUGGGGCAACGGAGUGCAACACCCGUGGAUGCUCUUAACAUGCCGAAGAGGACCUGCCGACCCGAGACAGCUGAAAGCGGCAGUGAGCGAACUUUACCUGAAUCUAUCCUUCCUGCAACGCUACCAGGAGCUGAACUACACAAGCUUCUGCAGGAUUCUGAAGAAGUACGAGUCCAUGUUUGAGUUGGGACAAGGCCUAAAAUGGAAGAAUGAAAAACUGGACACCUCCCCUUUAAACCGUGAGAAGGGGCAAUGCCAUCAACUCAUGUCUAAACUGGAGAUCUUUAUGGUCCAGUUGGAAGGUGGAGAUGAACAGAAGGCACAGAGGAGGCUGGAGGUCCCUCCAGCGGACUCAGUACAGGCACUUCCAGUGUGGACAACCUUUCGUAUUGGUCUGAUGAGUGGAAUCCUGAUCUCCUCACUGGUUUUCAUCGUUUUUAGUGUGAAUGAUGUCCUCGACUGGGAAGAUCUGUGGCCAUUACUGAAGCUUUAUAGAGGGAGUUUCCUGCUCAUUGAGUUCCUCCUCCUGAUGGGUGUGGACAUGUACUACUGGAGGAAAUCAGGUGUCAAUCAUGUUCUCAUCUUUGAACUAGAUCCUCGAGAUCACCUGCUAUAUCACAAUGUUUUGGAGGUGGCUGGAGGCUUGGCUGUAUGCUGGUGCUUCAGUGUAUUGGCCUGUCUGCAUCGCCCACUGCUGUCAAUUCCACCGCAGCUCCACCCACUUUUCUUCCACUGUCUCCUCCUCCUUCUGCUUCUCAACCCUGCAGUCACCUGUUACUACAAGGCACGCCAUUGGCUGCUGGCUUUAAUGUGUAAAGUACUACUGCCUCCGUUCCAGCCGGUGGGGUUUUCAGACUGUUGGUUGGCAGAUCAGCUCAACAGCCUUAGUCCACUGUUUCUGGGCAUCUGGGAUCUCCUCUGUUUUUACUCCUGCGAGCUAGAUUGGAGAGAUUUCAACUCGGUCAGAUCUCCACCUGUAGAGAGCCUGGGUUGUAAGCCGUACUCUAAGGCGGUGACUUGUCUCCUGCAGUGUUUUGCCCCGUGGCUGCGGUUUGCUCAGUGUCUUCGGCUUUUCUGGGACAGUGGUCAGUCCAUCCACCUCCUCAACGCAGGAAAAUACUCCUCCGUUUUCCUCAUGGUCACUUUCGCCGGACUCUACAACAAGGCGAGAGAGCAGCCCGGUCCGGGUUUGGAGGUGGAGGUGUACAUGUACCUGUGGGCGGUGGCCACCUGUGUUAGUGUACUGGUGACAGUAUACUGGGAUAUUAGAAUGGACUGGGGACUGCUGAGAGGGAAUGGCCUACUGAAGGAAGAGUUGGUAUACUCGCGACAGGUUUAUUACUACAGUGCCAUGCUGGCUGAUGUCUUUCUGAGGAUUUCUUGGGCUAUAAAUAUCCUCUUGGCUCAGAUGAAGGACUCAGCCUCUGCAGUCACUGUCAGCGGUGUUCUCUCCCCGCUGGAGGUCCUGAGACGCUGCAUUUGGAACCUGUUUCGCCUGGAAAACGAGCACCUGAAAAACUGCGCGCUAUCUCGAGCGGUCCGUGAUUUUGAUCUUUCGGCGUCUCAGGAGAGCACACGGGGGCACUCCCUCUUGGAGAAGCUUAUGGACCGUGAGGAGCUAGACAAGAAGGAGCACAGCAAGAGAAUGCUGAAGGAUAUGACCUCAUGUUUACCUCUCAAAUGUUUGAGGUGA